GGGAACUGGUUAUUUUUUUCAAGUGGUGAAAAUGGCGGUGAUAUCUGUUCGUGACCCAAUGUCAGCAGCUCUCACGCCGCCAACUACACCCACCAGCACACAGGACCUCCACUUCCCGCGGAAGAUGUCAUCCCCAGUGACCACUAGUGCGACAACCUUUAGUCCUGGAUUGUCGGCGUUUAGUCCUUUGGCAACUCAAGUGCCAAGCCGGGCACACACGAGGGCGCCAUUCCUGCCCCAUGUGCCUGUAGCGUCUAGUGUCACUGAUAUGGAUCCUCAUCUCUCAAGAGUCUUCCACACUUACGGGGUUCUGUCAUUUAGUGCCUUUCCCUGGGCCGCGAUGACUGCUGGCGCUGAUCAGUUUAACCAGCUUCUGCUGUCAGCGGGCGGAAGACUGACACGCCCAAAGAAGCGAUACAUCUGCAAGUAUUGUCAACGGGAGUUUACCAAGAGUUACAACCUUAUGAUCCACGAGAGAACACACACGGACGAGCGGCCCUUCCCUUGCGACAUCUGCGGCAAGGCCUUCAGGAGACAAGACCACCUCCGCGACCACAAGUACAUCCACAGCAAGGACAAGCCCUUCAAGUGUGAAGUGUGUGGCAAGGGCUUCUGCCAGGCGCGCACGCUGGCCGUCCACGAGAGCGGCCACACAGACGCCGAGCGAUGCGAGGCAGCGACAUCGAAAUCCAGUACAAAUACCAUCGAACGUACCUCCACAGUAUCUGUCAUACUCGUGGGCGAGGAGGAUAUCGACGUGGAGGCACUGGGAGGCACGAGGACCCCACAGAGGCACGCCACAGCUCACCAGCAUCUGGCACCACAACGGAAAGGCUUUACAAUCGUCGACCUAUUGAGUUAACACGUGACCACGUCUUCAGGUACCGACCCAACGUCCACCACCUCCCUCUUGUCCACUCUUCACGUGCAUUCUGCUCUAUCAACUUCGCUAGAGCUUUUAAUAUAAAUAUUG